CUGAAGCUCCAGAUGGACGUCAAGAAGACUCUCACACAACUGAUCUGAUCUACACAACUUCACCAGGUUGGAGAAAUGGCCUCAGAUCUGAACGUUGCUGCCCUGGGUCGACCUUUCAGCCUAGGAACGCUCUAUAAUGCUCGGAAAGAUCUACUGAUCCCAGGUUUGACACUGUGGGAUGAUACAACUCUACAGGAGAAGAUAACUGAAAGUGUUCUACCCUACAGUCAUUUUCAAAUGACUGACUCUGACACCAUUGAAUCCAAGUCCUCUCUGCUGGAUGUUGAACCUUCUCUGAAGGCCAGUUUCCUCUGUGGACUGAUCGAAGUUGGAGGAUCUGCCAAGUAUCUGAAUCAUCAGAAGAAAUUCAAGAAUCAGAGCAGAGUGACGUGUCAGUACAAAUCUACCAGCCACUUCAAAGAGUUGUCAAUGAUUGACCUGCUAACCUUAAACACCCACCAAAUGGAAGUUAUUAAGAAGAGCUCGGCAACACAUGUAGUCACGCGCAUCCUUUAUGGGGCAAACUCUUUCUUUGUGUUUGACAGUGAGAAGUUAGACACCAGUAGCAUUCAAGACAUCCAGGGCAACAUGAAAGCUGCGAUAAACAAGAUCCCCUCAUAUAGUGUUGAGGAGCAAGCUAGCAUCAAGAUGACUGAUGAAGAAAAAGCCCUGACUAAUAAAUGCUCCUGCAAAUUCUUUGGAGACUUUCUCCUUAAGAGCAUCCCUGUAACAUUCCAAGAGGCAGUGAAGACCUGUGGACAACUUCCACAGCUACUGGGAGAAAAAGGAGAGAAUGCUGUCCCAAUGAAGGUCUGGCUGAUGCCACUGAACAAUUUCUUUCUUGAAGCUGAUGAGCUGAUGAGUGGGAUCAGCGUUGGACUGGUGGGGAAGAUGCAGGAAGCUGAUGAGCUGAUGAAUGAGAUCAGCGUUGGACUGGUGGGGAAGAUGCAGGAUGCUCUUGAAGAUUUGAGCGAAAUACGAAUGAGAUGCAAUGAUUCUCUGGAAGACGGAGUGGUAGAGAACUUUCCAUGUAUUCAUGAAGAGUUCAAAACAUUCCAAAAAUUGUGUGACCGCUAUGCAUCCGACCUCAAGCAUAACAUGGCGAAGAAACUCCCCUCCAUCCGUGAAGGUAAAGAAGAUGAGCGCUCAUUAGAAGAAUUAUUUGACAACAGAGAGAAGUCACCAUUCACUCAAGAGAAACUAAGCAAGUGGCUGGAUGACAAAGAGAGAGAAAUCAACGUCAUCAGAUCCUGUGUAGAUACCAUGGAGGGAGUAAAGAUCGUCCGAAAUCAGUCCGAGCUGGACAGAGAGGUUCUUGAUGGAGAUGUAGAUCAUGCUCUGUGCUUUGUUUUCACCUCCAUGAUAAGGGGUGAUACCGACCUUGAUGUGAUGGCCACCUACUUGGACUCCACUAAAAUAAGGAGUACUAAUGAAGACCAGUGGUUCUUCUCAGAUGAAGUUUUUACCACAAUGAGAGAAAAAGCCAAAGCUUUCCGUGACCUUGCCAGAGCACAGAAGAACAACAAGCGGUUCAGGUUCCUAAUCACAGGCACUCCAAAUGAGAAAUACAAAGGAGCAACCAUCUACCAUUACAAGAAGGGCAUUCUGGUCAGUGAAGACUUUUUAGAACCUGACCUUCAUUCUCAAGAGAUCACAGACAAAAGAGAUCUGAUCUGGUAUGCCUGUGAUCUCACCCUGGACCCAAACACUGCACAGAACAACCUCAUUCUGUCUGAUGGAAACAAGAAAGCAACAUUUACAUCAGUAAUUCAGAGUUAUUCUAAUAACCCAGAGAGGUUUCUGACAUAUACUCAGGUGAUGUGCACAGAGGAGUUAUCUGGGCGCCAUUACUGGGAGGUAGAGUGGAAUCAUGCUUCAACUACUAAGAAAUAUAUUUAUGCAGCUGUUGCAUACAAGAGAAUUGACAGAGUGGGUCCAACAUCCCGUCUUGGAUAUAAUACCAUAUCGUGGGCUUUUGGCCAAAAUUCAAAAAGUGGAAAUCUCAAACUGGAGGCCCAUCAUAAUGGUAAGUUGAUGGAAACUGAUUUCCCCUCUGAUGGCUGCAAAACACUUGGGGUGUAUCUGGACUGGCCUGCUGGCACUCUGUCCUUCUACAAAGUCUCCUCUGACACACUGAGCCACCUCCACACCUUUCACACCACAUUCACUGAGCCUGUGUACCCUGGCUUCUGGGCUCAUUAUACAAACAACUAUGUCUACCUGCGUCCAGUUCAAUAGGAGCAAUGACAAUGACUUGUUAGAUCCUUGGUCUGUUAAUAGAGAGAUGGGUUGACAAGUAAAGUUUAAACAGUAAAGUAACAUCCCAUGUUAACUUGAACAUGUUUCACAAAUUCCAAACAUGUAUUCCAAACCCAGAGAGAGCAGGAAAACACAUGAUCUUAUAAAGUUACAACAUAUGUCAUUUUCUGUUGAUCAUUUCUUUGUUGAUUCGAUGCACAGACUCAAACUGGUUUCUGCUUCACAGCUUCACAAUCACUUUCUACUUUCUCUUCAAAUCACGUUUGAAUCAUUUGUAUUUCUAUUCGUAUUCCUGAUCAUUAUUGCUUUGUCUAAACAAAUGUGUUGACAUGUACUUUCAAAGCUCACGUCAACACUUGCAUAACUUGUUUUAAUGAAUUUAUUAAGUUGAUUAUGUUGGGACAGAAGGGUUAGGGUUACACAAUGGAAGCUUCUGGGCGUGUGGUGGUUUUUUUCACACCUAACUAUAUAUGAAACAUGGCCCCUGUGACCUAUAGUCAAACAGGAAGUCCUAUCUUAAGGUGUUGCUUACCUUUUUAUGCUUAUGGUUUAUCCUCUUUAACUUUCCAUCGUCUAUGAUGAGUUACGAUCUAUUUUUAUAAUCGAGCUAAGAGUGUUUUAUUGUCAGAUAUCAAUAUACUCGUUACAUGUAAUCCCAUAUUGUUUAGGAACAGUUCAAUGAUGAUGAGCUUUGAUGUGUGUUUUUCUAUCAUUUAUCAAAAUGUAAUCAUAUGUGCUUAUAAUGUUGACUAAAUGUUAAAGCUCAUGAAAUAAGUGAACUUUGAAUUAAACUCACUCUGACCUGAGGGGGGGUUAGCAGGACAGAGUUAACCUAAACAAUAAGUCUGUCAGAAAUGAUAAGACUAUGAAAACUGUUUUGUCCAAUGAUUAAAGAAUGAUCUGUUGUCUGCCUUAUAUGGACCCGGAGGUUGCAGAAGCACCAAGGAGAAGUGUCUAUGUAGGAGGAGACAACAAAGGGUCGAGGCUUCUGGGGGGUUCUUGCUCUUUGAGAGACUUGGUUCUUUUUGAACUUGGUACAUCUGACAUUUUGUAUGAUCUUUUACUUAUUUUGUAUUAUUCAUUUUUUGUAAGCUUUUACCUUACUUUCUGUA